AUUUCAGGAAAUGGUCGAUAGUGAAGCUGGCAGCGAUCGUUGAUGUCUGCGGAACAAAUGUUCAUACAGAUCAAUUAAGUUGAUUUUGUCUGAAAACGGAUCUCUGGAGUCAUGGCUUCUACAUCACAGACUGCCUUGGAAUAUCUGAGCAAUGCCAGAGUUCACCUUGUUGGAAAAUUAAGGAACCACUUAGUAAUUCUUGAGAACUUGUAUCAAAAAGGAGUUCUUCAUGAUGAAGAGGUAAACAAGAUAAAGACAGAGAAAGAUGACUAUGAUAAAAACAGAGCAUUACUGGACUCAGUCAUUAAAAAAGGUGAAGCAUCCUGCUACCAGUUACUGAGGAUUCUUUACGAGACGAGGAGGAGGACCUUAGAGAGACCAGGUAGUGAUGAAACUACAGCUAAAGAGUUUAACCUGCAUCAAUGGAUCUGCUGCUUUUCAUUUAAAGAAGAAGCAGAAACUGAUACAAACUACCUACAAGGGUCAAGACCAUGCCACAGAUAUCAGUCUAAGUUGAAAUCAAAAGGAAAUAAGUUAUCAAGAGAUUUCUGGAAGGCCAGUAAUAAACUUUUUCAGAACCAGAAUCCUGAUCUGUCGUACACUCCGCUUGUCUUAGAUACAAAUGAUAGAUGUUCUCCAUCCAAAAUAAAGAAAUAUAAAACCAAGAAAAGCAAACUGAGUCGUCCUAAAAAGUUAAGGGCUUACAUUCCAGAAGACAUACCAGAAAUCUCCCCCACUAGACUGCUGAAAAUGGAUAAAGAUAUACUCCUGGUUGGAAAACCUGGAACUGGAAAGACGGCUCUGAGCCAUGAAAUGUUGAGACUGUGGUCAGAGAGAGACGACAAGGAGCUGGAUUACAUGUUUUACUUUGACAUGAGGGAAAUGACCAACAUCCCACUGGACAUGAGUUUGGAGGAUCUUCUGUUUAAUUGUUACAGUAAACCAGAUGAGGGCAGAGAUGAGAUAUUAGAGGAUAUAGAGAGAAACUCUGAAAAUGUCACAAUCAUUUUAGACGGAGUCACUGAUCUCUCUUCAUCGGUUAUGAAGAAACUUGUAGAGAAAGAUCUGCUCUCUCAUGCAAAAAUCAUCAUCACCUGCAGACCAGAUGAUGAGGAAGAUCUCUGUCUAGAAGACUGGUUCAGGGUGGAGGUGAAAGGCUUCAGUGAGGGAACAAUAAAAACAUAUCUGUCUAAAGCACUGGGUGAAGAUCAUCAGGAGGUUCUGAGUAACGUGGAGCUGUUGACUCUUUCUCAUGUUCCAAUGUAUGCUCUGAUGGUGGCCGCCAGCUUUUCAUCAGGUGUCUCUCUGCAGCCCAAAACUGUCACUGAAAUAUACAUCAAUAUUGUUCGGUUUAGUCUCCAGAUGAACAGCAACGGAACCAGGAUGAAGAAUCUCAAUCAGUUCAUCAGAACCAAGAGAGAUGAAAUCAUGUCUCUGGCUGAAGCUGCUUUUGAAGCAACUCAAAGAAAAACUGUGAACCUGGAAGGACUUUCCUUUGAGGACAGCUGCAUCCUUUCCUUCCGGAAAUCACUUGAUGUCAAAGUCGCUCUUACUGAAACUAUGACUGUCCACGCUUUCCUCCAUUACACCAUGCAGGAGUUCUUUGCUGCUCUGUGGCUUUUAAAGAAUCCAGAGAAGAUCAGGGAGGUUUUUCAGCAGAGCCUCACUGAGGAGAUGAAACACAUGAAACAUGUGAUCCCUUUCAUGUGUCAGCUGUUAAAUGAGGAGAACCCCAGUUUGAUGAGCUGUCUGGUUCCAGAUGAAAAGCUAGUAGAAACACAGGAAUGGUUCUUCAAAGAGAUGAUUGACACGUUUUUUCAAAAAGCUCAUGACUCUGAGCUUUAUGUUGACACACUGUUCUUAUGCCAAUGUCUGUAUGAGUCCCAGAGCUCUGAAGCCUGUAUCGCCUUUCUGGACAAACUGAACUUCCAUCUGGACCUCAGUGGAGAGAAUCUGGACCCUCAUUCCUGCCAAGCUGUGGCCUUUAUGGUCACUCAGUCAAAGGAAAGGAAAAUAAGUCUGAACCUAAAGGAUGUGACGGUAUCUGAACAAGGAAUGAGACAAUUACUUAGAUGCCUUCAACACGUUAAAUGGUGUGACUCUCUGCCUCAGCAGCUAUGGAGGGUUGUCCUUCUCAGUAAUGGGCAGACGGGAUAUAAAACAUUACUGGAUCUCUGUGAAAACCAGCUGCAUCUUUCAGUCGUAGAUAAAAAGAUGCUGUUUGAAAAUGCAGUGAAAGUCAUGCAGAGGGAAGAUGCAAAGGUCACCGUCUGCCUCCACUGGGUCCGAGGAGCUACUGUCUGCCAGAGUCUAAGUGAUUGCCUGUUACAGGCUCUGCCAAAGAUCAGUAAUCUCAGGUUUGAUCCUCGGAGCUCAUAUCUUCCUGAACAAACCAGGUUCUUAGUGAAUCUGUUCUGUGCAGCAGCAGAGAGAGAACAGCUGACAGGAGAGAAGAUGGUGGAGCUGUUAGCAUCAGUCUGUAGAUAUGAAACAUUUAUUAUUUAUUAUGAGGAUGAUGAUGAGGAUGAUGAUGAUGAUACCAUCAAAUAUCCCCUUCACUUCCUGCUGGAUCUGUACUCCCAGAUGAAGGACUGUGAGACUAAAACAGGUCUGAGUCUCCUUCCAUCAUUACAGUCAGUUUUCCAGUCAGCUCCUCCAGUCUGGAUCAUAAAGCUCUCAGAGAUACAGACCUCCAUCCUCCUGGAAGUGUUGAAGCUCCAAUCAGAGAAGAAACCAGUGAAGCUGACAGACUGCUCACAUGGAGAGAGUGAAGUGAGGAGUUUCCUACAGUGUCUGCCUUAUAUCUCACAGCUCAGGUUUGAUUGGAGCUCAGAUCGUCCUGAACAAACCAGGUUCUUAGUGAAUCUGUUCUGUGCAGCAGCAGAGAGAGAACAGCUGACAGGAGAGAAGAUGGUGGAGCUGUUAGCAUCAGUCUGCAGAUAUGAAACAUUUAUUAUUUAUUAUCAGGAUGAUGAUGAGGAUGAUGAUGAUGAUCACAUCAAAUAUCGUCUUGACUUCCUGCUGGAUCUGUACUUCCAGAUGAAGGACUGUGAGACUAAAACAGGUCUGAGUCUCCUUCCAUCAUUACAGUCAGUUUUCCAGUCAGCUCCUCCAGAAUGGACCAUAGAUCUCUCAGAGAGAAAGACCUCCAUCCUCCUGGAAGUGUUGAAGCUCCAAUCAGAGAAGAAACCAGUGAAGCUGACAGACUGCUCACAUGGAGAGAGUGAAGUGAGGAGUUUCCUACAGUGUCUGCCUUAUAUCUCACAGCUCAGGUUUGAUCCUCAGAGCUCAUAUCUUCCUGAACAAACCAGGUUCUUAGUGAAUCUGUUCUGUGCAGCAGCAGAGAGAGAACAGCUGACAGGAGAGAAGAUGGUGGAGCUGUUAGCAUCAGUCUGUAGAUAUGAAACAUUCCCUUUAGAAGAAACAUAUAUGGAGGAUGGAGAUGUUUUAAAAUAUCAGAGUCACUUCCUGCUGGAUCUGUACUCCCAGAUGAAGGACUGUGAGACUAAAACAGGUCUGAGUCUCCUUCCAUCAUUACAGUCAGUUUUCCAGUCAGCUCCUCCAGUCUGGAUCAUAAAGCUCUCAGAGAUACAGACCUCCAUCCUCCUGGAAGUGUUGAAGCUCCAAUCAGAGAAGAAACCAGUGGAGCUGACAGACUGCUCACAUGGAGAGAGUGAAGUGAGGAGUUUCCUACAGUGGCUGCCUUAUAUCUCAAAGCUCAGGUUUUAUCCUCAGAGCUCAGAUCUUCCUGAACAAACCAGGUUCUUAGUGAAUCUGUUCUGUGCAGCAGCAGAGAGAGAACAGCUGACAGGAGAGAAGAUGGUGGAGCUGUUAGCAUCAGUCUGUAGAUAUGAAACAUUCCCUUUUUAUGGUAUUAAUAAAUAUCAGAGUGACAUCCUGCUGGAUCUGUACUCCCAGAUGAAGGACUGUGAGACUAAAACAGGUCUGAGUCUCCUUCCAUCAUUACAGUCAGUUUUCCAGUCAGCUCCUCCAGAAUGGACCAUAAAGCUCUCAGAGAUACAGACCUCCAUCCUCCUGGAAGUGUUGAAGCUCCAAUCAGAGAAGAAACCAGUGAAGCUGACAGACUGCUCACAUGGAGAGAGUGAAGUGAGGAGUUUCCUACAGUGUCUGCCUUAUAUCUCACAGCUCAGGUUUGAUCCUCAGAGCUCAUAUCUUCCUGAACAAACCAGGUUCUUAGUGAAUCUGUUCUGUGCAGCAGCAGAGAGAGAACAGCUGACAGGAGAGAAGAUGGUGGAGCUGUUAGCAUCAGUCUGCAGAUAUGAAACAUUCCCUUUUUGUGGUAUUGAUAAAUAUCAGAGUCACUUCCUGCUGGAUCUGUACUCCCAGAUGAAGGACUGUGAGACUAAAACAGGUCUGAGUCUCCUUCCAUCAUUACAGUCAGUUUUCCAGUCAGCUCCUCCAGAAUGGACCAUAGAUCUCUCAGAGAGAAAGACCUCCAUCCUCCUGGAAGUGUUGAAGCUCCAAUCAGAGAAGAAACCAGUGAAGCUGACAGACUGCUCACAUGGAGAGAGUGAAGUGAGGAGUUUCCUACAGUGUCUGCCUUAUAUCUCAAAGCUCAGGUUUGAUCCUCAGAGCUCAUAUCUUCCUGAACAAACCAGGUUCUUAGUGAAUCUGUUCUGUGCAGCAGCAGAGAGAGAACAGCUGACAGGAGAGAAGAUGGUGGAGCUGUUAGCAUCAGUCUGUAGAUAUGAAACAUUCCCUUUAGAAGAAACAUAUAUGGAGGAUGGAGAUGUUUUUAAAUAUCAGAGUCACUUCCUGCUGGAUCUGUACUCCCAGAUGAAGGACUGUGAGACUAAAACAGGUCUGAGUCUCCUUCCAUCAUUACAGUCAGUUUUCCAGUCAGCUCCUCCAGUCUGGAUCAUAAAGCUCUCAGAGAUACAGACCUCCAUCCUCCUGGAAGUGUUGAAGCUCCAAUCAGAGAAGAAACCAGUGAAGCUGACAGACUGCUCACAUGGAGAGAGUGAAGUGAGGAGUUUCCUACAGUGGCUGCCUUAUAUCUCACAGCUCAGCUGUGAUCCAGGGUUCUUCCAGAUCGUUUGUUCAUCCACACCAUUCAGAUCCAGAGAGGAGGUCCAGCAGCUGGUGUCUCUUCUUCAGCUCCUGAACUUCAACCUGCGUCUAACAGGAGAGUUGGGCAGGAAGACCUGCAGCCCUGUGGGCAGAGUUCUCCGUCUGUGUGGAUCUAAAGUGGAUCUGAUCCUAACAGCCAGAAAGAUGUCAGUCAGAGGAGCUUCUGUCCUCUUCAGAUCUACAACACAGCUCCACAGUCUGAGACUGUCCAACGCUGUGGCCUUGUUCCUGUCUCAGUGGGUGAGAAGAGGCAGAGUGACCUUUCCUCUGGUUGUUGAAGAGCUUUCUGUGGUUUCCACCACAGCUGGAGCAUCAAAGAGAGCCUUGUUGAAGGUUGGCAGCAGUUUGGCGUCUCUGCUGAGGUUCUGGACAGUCAGACGGUUAGACCUGACUAAGUCCCGCCUUCCUACUCAGAGUCUCUUCAGUCUGCUGCUUCAUGAUGCUCCUCUCUCAGUCAGGCUGAGUGAAGAUGUUCUCCAGCAGCUUGUGUUCCUCCUCCAUGAGGUCCAGGACCAGGACCUGACGUUGUCCUUCUUGAAGAAGGUUGGUGGAGACCUGAGCUCCUGCCGGUUGAAGUGGGAGAUGCUUCACUAUCUGCUGCAGCAGCCGUCAGAUCAGACCAUCACCGUCAACCUGAAGAAGAACAGCUUCUUACAGGAGAGAGCUCCACAGCUGCUGCCCUUUCUGCACAGGAUGGUGCUUCAAAGGUGGAGGCCCAGACCCAGCUUUGUGAGGACUUCCAUCAGAGAGAUCUCCAGAGCUCUCAGCAGUCACAUGAUCCCCGCUUUGCUGAGGUCACUGGAUCAUGUGAUCGACCUGAACUGCACAGAGCUGGACUCAGAGGACUGUGCUGCUCUGCUCUUCAUCCUCAGACACAGUGAUGGAGUUAAACUGAAGCUGCUGUGGAGCUCCAUCCCAGCAGAGGGAAUCCAGUCCAUCCUCCAUCUGCUGCACAAAGUUUCUGAUCUCAGUGUGGACAGGAAGCAGCUGCUGAGCUUCAUCCACUGCUGCGCUGCCUCUGACAGCCAGCAGGAGGCAGCAGCAGCCCUGCUGAGGACUCUGCAGCACAGCGUGGAUCUGUCCUGCUCCUCCUGUGUGGAGCUAGCAGAGGAGGAGCAGAAGGAGCCUCUGAGGGUGACGGCUGCUGACUGCAGGGCCGUCUCCUCCAUCCUGAGACACAGCAGCAGGGACACACAGCUCCACCUCAGAGACUGUGAGGUGGAGGACAGCGGGCUGGACCUGCUGUUUCCUGUCCUGGACAGGGUCCGUCUCAGAGUCAGUAAGACGGUCCUGGUCCAGCUGCUGUCCCUGCUGACUGUGGGCAGUGAGAGGGACACGGUAAGACGGGCGGUGUCCCUGUGCAGAGCCCUGGGAGGGGAACUGGACCUGAGUCACAGCACACUGGAUCAGAGGCUCUGUGCAGCUCUGGUUCUGAUGCUGGACUACUCUGAAGGUCUAACAGAGCUGGACCUCAGUCACUGCCAGCUGACCGACCUGCUGCUGCUCCAACUCAUCACACAUCUGCACAAGGUCAAAGUCCUGGAUCUGAGUCACAAUCAGAUCACUGAUGCUUCUACUGAUCAGCUGCUCCUCCUGGUCUCCAUCAACCCAUCCAUUGGUUCUGUGAGACUCUUCAACAACAACAUCCUCAACAGAACUCCUUAUAAGGACAACAGGAAGUUUGAAAUGUGGUGAAGCCGCUGUCAGUCAGCUGGUCAUGUGACCAACAGGAAGUCCCUGUCUCCUCAGGAUCCUCAGAUGGACGUAUCAGCUGCUAACUCUGAGCUGGUCAGCUCAAAAUAAUCCAAUCAUUCUUUAGGUCAUUCCUUCGUCUCUCCAAUGAAGAAGGUUUAUUUCAUAAUCUUUUAUUUGUCGUGUUUUAAUGUUUCUCAGAGUUUCUUUGGUCUAAGCUCUAAGUGUAUCAAUUAAGAGAAUUUGAGGGAAACUUUGGAGCCAAUGUGUCACAUCAUGGAUCUGUACUGUGGUGCUUCAUGUUAUUCAGACCUCAGAAAAAUUGUUAGA